CAAGCCACGCGGAUGGGUUGACACCCAUACAAUGGAGCUCUACAUUCGCCAGUUCAACCUUCAACAAACAAUGGAAGCAUGCAGCUCUGCCCUUCCUACCAAAUACGCCUUCUCACAGUCCUUGACGGCAAAACUAAGCGUGCCCGAGGAAAAAUUCGUUGCAACCAACUGCCUUCGUGAAUUCAACAAUGCCUACCAAGAUGGCUCGCUCAAGUCAAAGGAUAUGCUUUACUUCGCAAUUCCCCACAAACAACAUUGGAUACUAUGUUGCAUCAACCUUCUUUACAAACAGAUCAACAUAUUCGAUUCAGACAAGAAGCUGAAAAAUGAUGAAGUGUACGAGUUGUCAAACAAUCUGGUUACCAACUUUACGACACUGGCCACGCAUGCCAAAGCAUUCACAAAGUUGGAUUUCAUGAAGUUCACGUGCUUCAACCCCCCCGAUUGCCCCCAACAGAAAACUCAGUAA